CUGCAAGUCUGCAACCCUGUUCGCUGUCACCGAUCGCGGCUGCUUCUUCGAGCUCUGCGUCCGUCGUCUUUGUCUGCUCAGCCGCGCUUCCGUCGCCGAUUGUUUGCCGUUCACGUUCGCGUCUUCGUUCAGCUGUCGUCUUCGUUCGCGUUCUUCGCCGUUCACGUUCGCUUGGCGUUCAUCGUUUGCGUUUACUCGCCGUUCACCGUUCGAGUUCGCAUUCGCGUUCGUCUGGAAGCCACGUUGCUCUGCUUCAAACUCUGCGACCAACCCGCGCGCUCCACCUAGCCGACGAACUGCUCUCUUUUGUCGCCGGCAUUGACAUUUUUGGUGGUAAAAGAAGAAGAUGCAGCAGAGAAAAGCAGGGUUGGGGAGGCCAUCUGGAACUGAUGGCUCAGAUUACUCAUACCGUAUGGUUGUUGAUUCAAGAUAUCAGUUGGUUGCAAAGGGCAAGCAACGCCUUUCUCGCCUAUUUAUCUUUCAGGGUCUAUUUUUAUUAAUGGGAGUGAUAUUUGCAGUUUUGCCAGCAAUGAAAAAGGAUACUCCAAAUAGAGUUGCCCUUUCUUCCGCUCUUGUUAGUUUCAUUUCUCUUGCCAUUGCAGAAAUAGGUCGAAGACGAAGCCGGGCCAGUUUGUUGAGAUUUUAUAGUGUGAUAUCAUCUCUUGCUGUGGUUUCGUUGACCAUGUCUCUAGUUAAGCAGUAUUCUCUGCUGAAGGCCAUCCAGGAUUUUGGUUUGAAAGGAACAAGCAUGUUUGAUGCUGAUAACUUUCCUGGCUUUCAAGUUGGUUUGCUGGUAUAUAUAUUCUCACUAUUGUUGUUUAAGAUUGUUACCAUCAAAGCAGUUACUUCCCUUCUUUAUAACAUGUCCCCUCCCAAGAAAGCAUCUUAGUCUUUCAUCAGGUUUUGGGACCAAAUCCAAAAUACCGCAGAGUAGCAAUGUUAUGAGGUUUUUAAUUCACGUGGACAGGAUAGCCUGAGAUAUAUUUGCACGGAAUAUUUUUGUUAGUUUUGAAUUAGGAUGAGUUUGGAUUAGCUUUUGAUUAAAGAAAAAAAGCAAUUGUGUUUGUAUAAAACAAAGUAAGUGUUUUUCCGGUAGACAAUUAAUUAACUUUUUAAAUAA